AUGGCCCCAAAAAUUGCUGUCAUAGGUUCCAACGGUUUCUUAGGUAAGCCAACAAUUGCUGCUUUAACCAGUGAUGAAUUUUCAAGCAAGAUUGACUUGCCCAUCAUCGCGAUCACUCGUUCCGCUAAGGACAAGGUCUCCACUGACAAGAUCAAGUAUGUCGAAGCCGAUUACAGUGAAUCCAACUUAGAUAAGCUUUAUGAAAUCUUUGAAGGAAUUGACGUUGUCAUCGAAUUGGUUGGUGCUAACCCAGAAUUAUUCGCUGUUACUGAAAAGAUCGUCGCUCACACUAAGCCAAAGUUAUUCAUUCCAUCCCAAUUUGGUACCGACAUAGAAGACUCUAGUAAAUACCUCCCAGGGUUCUUAGGUUUAAAGACUGUGCACUCUGAAAAUGCCAGAAAGGCCGGUGUGAAGACUGUUGAUAUCAUCACCUCAUUAUUUGCUGUACCAGGCCUGUUCCUGUACGAGAUUGUUGGUACUCUUGGUGUCGACGCUGAAGCAAAGACUGUGACUUACCGUGGUGACCCAGACUACAAGAUCGCUUUCAGUAAGUUAGAAGAUAUUGGAAAGUCUGUCGCUGCCGUUGCUACCUUCUCAGACUUCUCCAAGCUUCCAAACAAGGUCAGAGUUUACUCCGAUUUAGCCUCUAACAGAGAAGUCGCUGAAAGAUAUGAAUCAACACACAACGUCAAACUUCAAGAAUUACCAGCCAUUUCUAAGGCUGAUUCAUUGAAGGAAGGUCAAGAUAAAUUAGCUAAGGGCUUCAACCCUGCUGAAUUCUUGUUCUAUCUUAAUGUUCUUGCUUCCCAAGGUGAAGAUGCUGGUUUAGCAUUUAGCUCAAGUGAAAGAGAAUUGAUCAACCCUGGUGAAUCAUUAUGGAAGUGGGGUAAGUUCUAA